AUGGCCUUGGCCAUAACGGGAAUGCAGAGCUAUAAGAUCAUCGACAUAGAUGCCCCGUACGCUGUUGCAUUCAACAGCUUUGGCCUCAAAUGGGCUGGCGAGGUUGUGUCCAUUGGCGCUGUGACCGGCAUCGUGACGUGUCUGAUGGUGACGCUCAUGGGCAUGGCUAGAAUAUUCAUGGUGCUGGGGCGAGAGAGACUCCUUCCUCAAUGGAUGGCAAGGGUCCACAGCAAGUAUGGGACGCCCCUGAAUGCAACCAUCGUCACCGGCAUCGUGUCAGGCCUGCCGGCACUCUUCCUGAAUAUUGACUUCCUUGCAAGGAUGGUUUCUAUGGGGACACUGUUCGUUCUGUGCAUGGUGAAUGUUGGGGUAGUUUGGCGGCGCUACUUUCAGCCCACCACCACUGCAUCGUACAAACCUGUUGUCUGUAGGCUGGCGGUGCUGAUCGCCGCCUCCAUUGUUGAGGGUUUGGCACUGGAGCUGGGGCUGUCCACGUGGACAUGGGGAGCGUCCGUUGGAGUGUGGCUCCUGUCGGCUGUUUCAUUCUGGGCGCUGCCAGUUGCGUACAGCUCCACGAAGUUCACCCUUCCCGUGCAGCCCAUCAUCCCAGCGCUCGGCAUCUUGUUCACCGUCCACCUCAUGUGCUCACUUGGCUGGGAGGCCUAUGUCCGGUUCCUUGUGUGGCAGGUGGUGGGAAUAUCAGCGUACUUUGGCUACUGCAUGCACCACACGCCAGAUGCGCAAUACUCGGAGGCCAAGGAGCCACUUCUGUUUGGCGAGGGGCCCUCUGAGUCAUCUGAAGGCACGGCGGAGUUCCAGGAGGACGACGAAGCCCCGCUGUAG